CCGAUCUAACUUAUUCUUAGAGAGAGUUUACACUUUUAAGAGUUGGAGAACAUUAUCACAUAGCCCACACAACUAUAUCUAUCUGAAAGUUAUAUUUGCGAUCGAAACGGUUUUUAAGAAAGUCGUCUGGAAUGAUGAAGAAGGCGACGCAGGAGGAAGCUGUGGCGGAAACAGCGGUGUUUUGGGACAUCAAGACGUGUCCCCUGAAUAUGAUGCUCGUCUGGUCGCUCCCUGCAUUAUACUGUAUUUGAAGAAUUUAGGCUACUCUGGUCCUCUCACCAUCAUUGCCAUUGGCUUACUAGCAGAGGUCUCUGAAGAAGUCCUGCAAGCGGUCUAUUCCACUGGAAUCGUUCUUAACAACGUCCCCUUGGGAACUAUGUAUGAGUGGACCAAUAGUUAUCCACCUCCAGCUAAUUUGAUGCUCAUAUCCUCCCAUCCGUCUAUCUUCCCUCAUGUCCUUAGAAAGCCUCUUUAUUCUGGAUACAAUAUUUUUGAGCUGUGUCCAUAUGAUUCUCCUAAUCCUGAAUCCCUCUGGAAAGACUUCCUUCUGAAAGAUUCAAGCGCACUGAAGGAGGAUAUGUGUCAUGGAACGUGUGAAACACCCUCCUGGCUUUGCUCAGUAUGCUAUGAUUAUUUCUGCGAAGGAUUUGAAGAUUUCACCACCCAUGUCUCCAGUGAAGAACAUGAACUGAUGGCUAUCUGGGUGGACAACCACGCUGUCGCUGCAACAUCGGUCUUUUGGGACAUCAAGAAUUGUCCUGUUCCUGCUGGCUGUGAUCCUCGUCGGGUCGGUCCGACUAUCAGACAGUAUUUGGCGGACUUAGGCUACUCUGGUCCUAUCACCAUCAAUGCCUUUGGCCUACUAACUGACAUCCCUGAUGAUGUCCUGCGAGCGGUCUCUUCCUCUGGAAUCGUUCUUAAUCACGUCUCCUACGAAUCCAAUGACACAAUGCACGUUAUGUAUCUGUGGGCCUUUGGCAAUAAACCUACAUCUAAUAUGAUGGUCAUAUGCCCCUAUUCAACAUUCUUAGGCGAUAUUAUUACCGGUCUACAAGAUUUUGGAUACAACAUUAUUCAGCCGUUUCCAUGUCAUGCUCCUUAUUCAGAGUCCCUCUGGAAAAGAUUUAUUCUAGAAGAUUCAAGGGAAUUUGAGGAGGAUAAGUGCAGUGAAACGGGUGAACAUGCCGCUUGGGUUUGCUCAGUAUGCGACGAUAUUUCUGGCCAAGGCUUUGAAAAUUUCAUUAAGCAUCUUAAAACUCGAGAACAUGAACUGGAGAUGUCUGGGGAAGACGAGGAUGACGAGGAUGACGAGGAUGACGAGGAUGACGAGGAUGCAGUUGAAUCCGCAGAUGAGGCUCCCCUUGAUUCUCUUUCGGGUUAUGCUUCCACCAUGGACAAGACAUCUUUGCAUGCUGGGCAUAAUAUCAACCAUGUUGGGAAAAACAUGGUUGUAGCCGGAGCUGUGGUCCCUUGCUUAUCUGUACAAGAAGCAACGGAAGGAAAAAAAUUACAAGCAAACUGAGGACAAACGGAAGACGUGAAGAAGAAUAAAACAUGAUUUGUUCUACUCCUAGCGGCAAAUUAGCUAACUACUGUAAUAAUAAUUAUGCUUAUUUAAAAUUCUCGUUUUAUUGAUUAAUAUAUAUGGAGAUCCGAUAUUGUUAACCAGAGUAUUUUUCAAAUGAUCAAUAAUUUGACA